AUGAAAGGGGAAGGUAAAGUGUUCUUGAAGUCGCGUAUGAAAUGGAUUGGUCUGCUUGGUCUUGUAUUGUCGGUUUUCUCUCUCAUUGUCCAUUUUCUUCUAGCUGGAUUCACCGACGACUCCAUCUCCGAUUACUCAAUCCCUGUUAAUAUCUUCUCCUGGAGACCUGUCUUCGACAAUCCCAGAUUCGCCCGACAUACGCCAUUGUACAGAAGACUAUGGGGUCCAACAAGGCAUGUGGAGUCAUUACUUCCUGAUGCUAAUCCAAGAGUUUACCAUUCAGAUCCUCCUGCUAAGACAAAUGGUUUUGUUUUUGUUAGAAUACAAGGUGGUUUCCAUGAGAUUAGAAAUUCGAUUCCUGACGUUGUAGCUGUUUCUCGGCUUCUUAAUGCCACUUUGGUUAUUCCUGAGAUCCAAUCAACAACAAGCAGCAAAGGGAUCAGCUCACAGUUCAAGAGCUUUGCAUAUUUGUACAAUGAAGAGCACUUCAUGGCAUCAAUUGCAAAUGACGUUAGAGUUGUUAAAACUCUCCCAAAGAAUCUCAAAUGGGCUAGAAGAAAAAAACAAAUCCCUUCUUUUAAAGUCUCUUACGGAUCUUCGCCUUAUUACUACUUACACCAUGUUCUUCCUGUUCUCAUCAAGCACUCGGUCGUUGAACUAGUUGUCCCUCACGGUGGAUGCUUACAAGCUAUACUUCCAAGUGAUCUUGAAGAAUAUCAGAGAUUACGGUGUAGAGUUGCGUUCCACGCCUUACAGUUUAGGAAAGAGGUUCAAGAACUUUCCACUAAAGUAUUGCAAAGGCUGAGACCUUUGGGACGACCUUUCAUAGCCUAUGAUCCAGGGAUGACAAGAGAAGCUUUGGCCUAUCAUGGUUGUGCUGAACUGUUCCAGGAUGUUCAUACAGAGCUUAUUCAACAUAAACGAGCUUGGAUGAUCAAACGUGGGAUUGUCAAAGGGAAGCUCAAGGUAGACUCAGCUGAUCAACGCUUAGCAGGCUUAUGUCCUCUCAUGCCAGAAGAAGUUGGUAUUCUUCUACGAGCUUACGGAUACUCAUGGGACACAAUCAUAUAUGUGGCCGGUGGAGAGGUUUUUGGCGGGCAGAGAACGUUGAUUCCUUUACACGGCAUGUUUGAGAACGUCGUUGAUCGGACUUCUCUUAGUACUGGAUGGGAGCUGGCUAAAAUGUAUGGCCGCGAGGCGAAGCAUAAAGAUAUCAAGAAAACUACAUCUCCUUCGAUAGAGGAAGAAACGAAACAUGAUGCGUUGAAGAGCAUAAGACAAAGGCCUCAACCAUUGCCUCCUCCACCGGCUAGACCAAAGUACUAUAACUUGUUUGCUUCCGGAAAUUAG